CCCAACACGAGAAUUGACUUGAUUAUAAAAUUAUAUGUUAGCUCCGUGACUUCGUCUCUCGUUAACUCAACAGUCUGAUUCGUCCCUACAAAAUUCCAAAUUCUCCAUUGAUGAACAACAGCAGCAACAAAGGAACAACUGCUGUUUUUUUUUCUCCAUUUUCAGAAAUUCAAAUCAACACCAAGGAAUUUGUUAACUGUUAAUGUAUCUAUCAGCCUCAAUAAACCCCCCAAACCCAGCAUGGAUCCCCUUCUUCAUCCUCCUCGCGGCCCGAUUUAUGCCCUUCGGGCUGCCCGACCCGAGAAUCUCCGAAGCGGUUUUCAUCUGCGGCCAGACCCAGGUGCCGCCGAACGCCAGCUACGUCCCACUGUUCACGAGCGCCAUGGAGGGCCUCGGGCUGCGGGUGACGGCCGACGAGUGGGGCCAAUACGCCGUCAACUCCACCAGCAUCUCCAUCUACACCUACUUCCAGUGCCACCGCGACCUGUCCCGCGACGACUGCCUCCAGUGCUUCGCCGCCACUCGCACGAGCAUCCCCCGCUGCGUCCCCGCCGCCUCCGGCCGGAUCUUCCUGGACGGGUGUUUCCUCCGCUACGAUAGGUACGAAUUUUACAGCGAGAGCGUGGACGCCGUCCUUGACGGCGUUAACUGCAAUACCUCGCUGGGGGUGGCGGCGGGUGGGGUCGAUUUGGAAUUUGGGGAAAAUGUUGGGGCGUUGGUUGAUAAUCUGACGGCAAGGGCGGUGGCGAACGGGGGUUAUGCGGUGAUGGGGAGCCGGGGAGUGUUUGGAUUGGCCGAGUGUUGGAAUAAUGUUAGCAGGGAAGGGUGUAGGGCGUGUUUGGCAAAGGCGAAUAGAGAGGUCAGAGGGUGUUUGCCGAGCAGGGAAGGUCGAGCUAUGAACGCCGGCUGCUACUUGAGAUAUUCUACCGUGAGGUUCUUCUCUAAUUCGUCCGGCAAGGACGAUGAUACAGGGGCCUCUGGAGCAGGGUUGAUUUUGGCCAUUACUUUGCCUGUGAUGGCUUUUUGUAUGCUUUGUAUUUUCGGUACUUAUGCAGUCUAUGUAAGAUGGAAAAAACGGAAACAAGAACGUGAAAAUCUUGGCAAGAUUUCAUAUUCAUACAACAAAUCGAACCUGAAUUUCAAAUAUGAAACCCUGGAGAAGGCAACCAAUUAUUUCGAUGAUUCGCGAAAGUUAGGCCAAGGAGGAGGAGGCUCUGUAUAUAAAGGAAUACUGUCAAAUGGUAAAACAGUGGCUGUAAAAAGAUUAUUCUUUAGCACAAGACAGUGGGUAGAUGAAUUCUUCAAUGAAGUAAAUCUUAUAAGUGGGAUCGAACACAAGAACCUCGCGAAGCUUCUGGGCUGCAGUAUCGAAGGCCCUGAAAGCCUUCUGGUUUAUGAGUUUGUGCCUAACAGAAGCCUAGAAGAGCACAUUUUUCGUGAGUCUUUAAUUGGGAGGAUGACUAUUAUACGAAUUAUAAUCGAAUCUUGAGUUGGAAGGAAAGAUUCAGAAUAAUUGUUGGGACAGCCGAGGGGAUUGGUUUUCUUCAUGGAGGUUGUGAGCACAGAAUAAUCCAUAGGGAUAUCAAGAGCAGCAACAUUCUUCUUGAUGAGAAUUUCGAACCAAAGAUUGCUGAUUUUGGUCUUGCGCGGUGUUUUGCAGCUGAUAAAACUCAUCUCAGCACGGGGAUUGCAGGCACAUUAGGAUACAUGGCCCCAGAGUACCUAGUAAAAGGACAGCUUACCGAGAAGGCCGAUGUUUAUAGUUAUGGCGUGCUGGUUAUUGAAAUCGUGUGCAGUAGGAAAAACAAUGCUUUUAUGGAGGGAUUCGGAUCCCUUCUGCAAACAGUUUGGGAACUUUUUAGACAGAUAGAUUAUUAGAAGCAGUUGAUCCUUGCUUACAAGGCAAUUUUCUAGCAAUGGAGGCAUCAAAAGCUUUGCGAGUCGGGCUUUUGUGUGCGCAGGCAUCUGUAACCGAGAGGCCAUCAAUGCUGGAAGUUGUUCGAAUGCUCACGGAUGAAAAUUGUGAAAUCCCGGAACCGAAACAACCGCCAUUUUUGCACGCGAGUGCCGAGACAACAAGCU